AUGACCCCCUCCCCUCUAGACCGGAUUCACUCGUGGGCGAAAGCUCACGCAUCUAGCCGCGGUACUUCCUCUCAAGAUUCCAGCGGCCUACCAACGACUCAGGUUCCCGAGGAAAAGACGGAACCACCGAUACGAAAUGGACAAGUGAAUGAGUCCUCGUCGACCCCGGGGUCAUCCUCGGGGGAAAAGACAAUCGAAAAUGAACCUGACAAAUCCAAACCGGGACUGCCAGCCCGCAUGAAGAAUGGAUCCAUCCGUUUCUGCGGCCAUUUCAAAGACGCCCUCUGCCACAGCUGGGUGAAUGUCUUGCUGGUGUUUGUCCCAGCCGGUAUCGCCGUCGAGGCGGCCGGCUUAAGCCCGGGUAUCGUCUUUGCUAUGAAUGCCGUGGCGAUUAUUCCUUUGGCUGGAAUGUUGAGUUUUGCUACGGAGUGUGUUGCCAGCCGUUUGGGCGACUCUCUCGGGGCUCUCAUCAACGUCACCUUUGGUAAUGCAGUAGAGCUGAUCAUCUUCAUCAUUGCAUUGGUCAAGAACGAAAUCCGGAUCGUUCAAGCCUCACUGCUCGGUUCCAUCUUGGCGAACCUGCUUUUGAUUCUGGGAAUGGCAUUCCUCUUGGGAGGCCUUCGUUUCCAAGAACAGAUCUAUAACAGCACCGUCACUCAGAUGAGUGCAUGUCUGCUCAGUUUGAGUGUUAUGAGUUUACUUCUUCCGACUGCUUUCCAUGCAUCAUGGUCUGACAGUGCAAUCGCGGAUCGUUACACUCUGAAAGUCAGCCGCGGAACCAGUGUGCUGAAAUCUCACUCGUACCUCUACGCCAGUAUCCCUCAGCAGAUUAUUGAUGAGGAAUCACACCCUGGAGUGUUGGCGGACCUGAUGAACAGCUCGUCUGAUUCAUCCAGCAGCUCAUCCUCUGAUUCGGAUGACACCACCACCUCGUGGUCAACUGCUAAGCGUAUCAAGAAGGCCAUGAAGUACCGUAGGCACCGAAAGUCUAGCACUAGUUCCAAGGGAACUGCGGCGCGUCAAGCGAUCCGCAAGAGUGCUUUGGCUGAUCUCCCAGUUCCAGGCACGAGUGAUCGUGGAAACUCUGUUGGAGGGUCGUCAUCCAGUCAUCUAGAUGAAGCCGGAUCUUGUGCCAUUGACUUUGGCGACGACCGCUAUGAUGCCGAUGAUGAUGGAAAGCGGGAUACUGUCCCUCGAUCUCGAGACUUUGGACAGCUAGCAAUUGAUCUUUCCCGGGAAGACCAUCACGCCAAGAAGCGGGAGAAGAAGCAGAGAAAGAAGGAGAAGAAGGAACGGAAACAGCGAAAGGUAGAGAUGGAUACCGCCAAGCAAGACGCCGUUGUGGCCAGCGCCCCUAUUCCUGCUCGACCUUCCCUGAAGUCUCACAUAUCGGAGCCUUUCGUUGACCGCGGAGAACCCAUUGUUGACGACAACGUCGAUAUACCCAAGAGACGCUCGCCUUUCCGUCCUACCAUUCCAUCGUUUAUGUCAAACACUGUCUUCUCCAACACCGCUGCAUUGCCCAACGCCGCACAGCAACCUCCUCCGCCGGGCGCCCCGGGCACUGGCUUGAGACGCACCAACUCUCUUCCAACCAAGAUCAAUCGCCCCCCACCGGUCGGAAAUGCCGUUCAGUUCGCUCGAGGUGCGGCUCGUGUACCCAACGUUGUCGAUGCCACAGCUGUGAAGACUACGCCUGAGCAUCACGAGCCCCAGAUGUCCCGUACUUCUGCGGUUGUCAUGUUGCUUCUCUCCACUGCUCUUGUCGCCGUUUGUGCCGAGUUCUUGGUCGACGCCAUCCCUGGAAUGAUUGAGAGUUCAAAUGUCAGCCAAGCGUUUAUCGGAUUGAUCAUUUUACCCAUUGUUGGUAAUGCCGCCGAGCACGUAACAGCCGUCAGCGUUGCUACGAAGAACAAAAUGGAUUUGUCCAUUGGUGUGUCGGUCGGAAGUAGUAUCCAAAUUGCAAUUUUCGUCACUCCCCUGGUCGUUAUUCUCGGAUGGUGUAUGGAUAAGGACAUGUCCUUGUACUUCACCUUGUUCGAAACCAUUUGCUUGUUCGUGACGGCAUUUGUGGUGAACUUCCUUGUUCUUGACGGGCGAAGCAACUAUCUUGAAGGAGCUUUGCUUAUGGCCGCCUAUGUGAUCAUCGCUGUUGCGGCUUUCUUCUAUCCCAGCAGUGAACAGUCCAGCCAGGUUGCGGGUGCUGGAUAUUAGUUGACAGAGCUGGUCUGGUUGACGGUGACAACUGGACUAUGCUACAUUUAUGGGUUGUGAAUAGGGGUUGCUAGGAGCUUAGGAGAAUGAUUGACUAUUGUCAGGUUUAUUUCCUAUUGUGCUGCAAUAAUAGAUUGUCAAUAUGCAUCAUGCAAUAAUCAAACCCGUUUGGGAUAUCAGAGCAAUAUUGUGUAGAUCGGACAUACUCAUCACAUCAAGGUUGAUGGAAAUCCCCAGAAUAUUCCGGAAUGCGGAACCCAACGUCCCCUCACCUGUGGCUGAGCAUCCCGAAUAGGGAAAAAGGACACAUAACGUCAAGCCACUGGGGGAAACACACGUAGUCGCUGGAGAUGUCUUAUCCACUCUCAUCCACUUUCCAUCUCUCCAUCAGACUAUUUGACCCUUCCUUUUGACAUGUCUGACUCCAUCGUCCCUAUUGGGCUGCGGUGGCGGUGCGCAGAACAGUUAUUGUGG